UCCCCUGUUGUGCGCAUGCGCCAAACUUCUCCUGGACAGUUUGGGAGUGCUAGCAGUUAGCAGCUAACUAGCCUAGUGUGUAAUGGCCGCCUCGGUUCUACUGGGGUCUGCGGAGUCUACCGUACCCGGAUUUAGCGUCCCAGGGAGUGUUUUGGUCGGGAAUAACGGAGGGUCGGCCCCGGCGUCGUCGUGGAACAGGUCCCUGGACCGGGCGUUGGACGAAGCCUCCGCCACCGGCGCCCUGAACCUGAGCGGCAGGAAGCUGAAGGAGUUCCCCCGGAGCGCCGCCAACCACGACCUCACAGACACCACCAGGGCCGAUCUGUCCCGGAACCGCUUGGCUGAGGUCCCAGCGGAGGUGUGUGUCUACGUAUCGCUGGAGAGUCUGAACCUCUAUCACAACUGCCUGCGCACCCUACCAGACAGCCUGGUGAACCUGCAGGCACUCACCUACCUAAACAUCAGUCGGAACCAGCUGUGUGUCCUGCCCGCGGUGGUGUGCAGUCUGCCUCUCAAGGUUCUGAUCGCCUGCAACAACAAACUGGUUUCCCUCCCGGAAGAGCUGGGUCAGCUCAGACACCUGACGGAACUGGAUGUGAGCUGUAAUGAGAUCCAGGUGCUGCCCUCCCAGGUGGGUCGGCUGGAGACCCUGAGGGACCUGAACAUACGUAGAAACCACCUGCUCCAACUCCCUGCUGAGCUGUCUCUACUGCCCCUGGUGCGUCUGGACUUCUCCUGCAACAAGGUGACCUCCAUCCCCUCCUGCUACCGCCAGCUGGCCCAUCUCCACGUCAUCAUCCUGGACCACAACCCCCUGCAGAGCCCCCCCGCACACGUGUGUAUAAAGGGUAAAAUCCACAUAUUUAAAUACCUAAACCAGGAGGCAGCGAAGACUACAUCGGACCUCCCAGAGUUUGAGCGGAGGACUCAAGUCUUCAACUCGUGUAGUGAGGAUCUCUACCUCGGCCGCCCCUACGGAGCACUGGACUCAGGGUUCAACAGUGUGGACAGUGGAGACAAGAGAUGGUCUGGUAACGAGCCCGUUGAGGAGCAGUCAGAGGAGCAGCGACAUCGUAGACUAGGACCUCCGGGACCCAACGGAUCUGCAGAGUCGGAGCAGAUAGACUUUAUAGACAGCUGUCCAGAUGAGGACGACGAGGGACGUGGAGGAGCCGAUGGCAUCAGCCUCAGCUCUCAGUUCAUGGCCUACAUCGAGAGACGCAUCACCACAGAGGGAUCUCCAGGUAAAGCCACUCCCAACAGGGAGGAGUUGAGGAGACACAACAGGAGUGUGGUGGACGGUGCGUCGUCAGCGCCCCCUAGUGCUGAACAUCAGAGACCACCAGCACCACCAGGGGGAGUGGAGCGUGUGAGGAGGGAGGCCCAGAUCGCUGCUCAGCGCUACGAAGAGGAGAGGAGCCGUAGCCAGGCCAGCCCACGAGACUCCGUCCCCGCCUUUGCAAAGCAUAAAUCAGCCCUGAGUCCGACCAAGCUGGCCCCUGGGGACCGAGAGAGUGUUUGUCCCUCCAGACGUUCCACACAUACAGAUGACUCCGCCCUCUUCAUGCAGGGCGAGGAGAGGGCCGCCCUGUCGUCCACAGCCCACCCAUCCCCGUCCUAUCCUAAUGCUGGAGGUGUGUCACCAAGCCGGUCAGCCAAUCACAGACCAGAGAGCUUUCUAUAUCGUCUGAGUAUGCGAGAGGACAAAAGGAAAGGUGAUGGAGCACCUGCUGCCCCUCCUCCUGCUCCUCCUGCCCUGGUGGGAGAGGAGGCACAGCUGGUGGAGCAGCUACGCAAGAACAUCGAGGCCCGACUCAAGGUGUCGUUGCCUAGCGACCUGGGUUCAGCCUUGACCGACGGGGUGGUCCUGUGUCAUCUCGCCAAUCACGUACGCCCGCGCUCUGUGUCCAGCAUCCACGUCCCCUCCCCCGCUGUGCCUAAACUGACGAUGGCAAAGUGUCGCCGCAAUGUUGAAAACUUUCUCGAAGCGUGUCGCAGGAUUGGUGUUCCACAGAGCCAGCUGUGUCUGCCCCUCCAUGUCCUGGAGGAGAGAGGGCUCCCCCUGGUGUCCGGGACUGUCAGCGCCCUGCUGGAGCUAGCCCCGCCCAGACACAGCCCCGCCGUCACCACGGCAACCAAUCCCCUCGCCAUGUAGACGCACACACACGCACACACACACCGACACAGAGAGAGAUGAGGGUUGUAUAAAGCUUUAAAGAUGAAGAUGAUGAUGUAGGGAGGGCAGGAGGCCUCGCAGCGUGUCCAUACCUGACUGGUCCAUACCUGACUGGUCCAUACCUGACUGGUCCAUACCUGACUGGUCCAUACCUGACUGGU